UAUCUAGCUGCUGCUUGUCUUGUGAGAACUGAGACAUGGUCAACAUUACUUCGACAGGGAAUGGUCAAGAGUUCGAUAGAAGUAACAUGGUCUACGCUAUGAUCUUUGGCUGCAUCGUGCUAUUUGGUCUACCUCUGAAUGCCGUGUCACUGUGGAUUCUGAUACGCCGCCACAGCAACAGAUGCCCAAGUGCUGUCUUCAUGAUAAACUUGGCCAUUUCAGACCUGCUGCUGGUCAUCUCUCUGCCCAUGAUAGUCUACUUCCACGCUACAGGCCUCUGGCCCUUUGGCGUCAUGGUGUGUGUCUGGAUCACUAUGCUCUUCCGCAACAACAUCCGUUCCAGCGCUAUCUUCAUCACCUGCAUCUGCGUGGACCGGCUGCUGGCGUUGGUGUUCCCACUGACAACACAGCACCUGAGAACAACCUCCAACGCUUCCAAAGCUUGCAUUUUUGUUUGGCUCUUUAUACUGGCAGUCAGCAUCCCAGAAAGCAUUGACUUUAUCAGAAGUAUGAGGAUCUGCAAUGCAACUUCCUGUUUUGGUAAUGUCGCCUGUCAGCAACAGAAACAUUGGACUGCAUAUAUGCAAUCAGUUCUAGUGUUUUCCAUGCUAGUUGUCAAUAUUGUGUCUACUGGUUUCAUGUCCUGGACUCUGCACAAGCAUCUCAAUGACUCUGUAAAGGUCAACAGCGGGAUGAAUGUUAUGCUGAUUUUUGUCGUGAAUUUGGUGAUGUUUGUUGUCUUUUUCUCGCCUCUUUCUGUGGCCCUGUUAAUCACAAAUGGGAAACAUGCCAUCAAGCCAACAGUAUGUCUUGCUAGUUUGAACUGCUGCCUGGAUCCUCUGUUCUAUUACUUUUCUUUGGAUGGCUUCUGGAAGGAAAAGGAGAAUGAGUGGUCCGCUUUCAAGACAACAGCAGCUGAGUUUAGAGAGCAGAGUUUGGAAAGUAAGCUUUGA